AUGUCUUCUCUACCUUCACUUGUAUCUGGACCUGAAUUGGUGGCAAUACCACUUCACAUAGUAAAGCAACAACGGCGGCAGUGCUUGAUUUGUCUCAGGAAAGAUGACCCACCAGAUGAACUCGAGAGACCCAUUGGACCGCAAUUGAUUCAAGCAACGGGCCCAGAGUGGGCUAGAGUGUGCCCAUGUCCGCGGGAAGCGCAUGUGAACUGUAUUCUUAGUACCGCAACCGACCUGCAUUGUGAGACAUGUCAGCACACUUAUUAUCGACAAUGGCGCGUAUUGGUUGCCCAUAUUGUCUGUUUUGCCAGUCAUGUAUUCAGUAUUGGAUCGGCUAUCGGUAUUGCUUUUGGUCUGGUGUAUCUCGGACGUGGUCUGGGGCAGUUGGGACUCGGCAAUGAAAUGAGCAACAAGAUUGAUGAUGAUCCAUGGUUCGAUCAUGAACUGGGUGUUAUCCUUCAGUGGCUAGACCUGGUAUACUAUGCCACAGGGUUUUCUGGAGAAGCUCUUUUGGGACUUGUCUACAUAUUUGGAUUCUGCAGUGUAGCAGGCUUUGACGAAACAUUACUGAUGGUCAACAAUACGCUGUCUCUGGAUCUCUCGUGGUGUUUGGGGCUAGAAUAUCCAAUCUGGUUCAAUAGAGGCUUGGCUUAUCUGAUUCUGGGGUUCAUUGGACUUCUUCUUGGAACUUACUUGAUGUUUUACACAUGGAUAUGGGCAUGUUUAUUUCAUCAAAUACGUCAUGCAGCGUUCCAACAGAGUCAUGUUAAACCAAACAGAGAUAUGUAG